AUGUCCCCCCUCCCCGAAAAAGUCGCCUUCGUGACCGGUGCCAACGGCAUCAGCGGCCACGCAAUUGUGGAACAUCUCAUCCGCCAACCCAAGCAAGAAUGGUCCAAAAUCAUCGUCACCUCUCGACGUCCCCUGCCCACACCGUGGAUCGACCCACGAGUGGAAUUCGUCGCUGUGGAUUUCCUUGAGCCCGUGGAAACCAUCAUCACUAAGAUCAAGGAUAUCUGUGCACCAGUAACGCACGCUUAUUUCACUUCCUACGUGCACGACGAUGACUUCAGGGUUCUGAGGGAGAAGAAUGUUCCUCUGUUCAGGAACUUCUUGGAUGCUGUGGAUGCGGUCUGUCCUGCGUUGCGGCGGGUGAGUUUGCAGACUGGGGGGAAGUACUACGGGGUGCAUCUCGGUCCAGUGAAGGUGCCUUUGGAGGAGUCGUUCUCGCGGUACGACGACCAAGGGUUCAAUUUCUAUUACAAUCAGGAAGAUUAUCUUAGGGAGGUCCAGAAGAGAAGGAAUACCUGGUCGUAUAAUAUUAUCCGACCGAAUGCGAUCAACGGAUACGCUCCGCAUGCAAACGGAAUGUCGGAGGCCUUGACCAUCGCCAUCUACAUGAUCAUCUGCAGAGAGCUCAACCAGCCAGCAACGUUCCCCGGAAACGAGUACUUCUGGAACUCCAUUGACGAUAACUCCUACGCACCGAGCUUGGCGGAUCUCACGGUCUGGGCUUCCUCCCAGGAACACUGCAGGGAUGAGGUCUUCAAUCACGUUAAUGGUGAUGUGUUUGUGUGGAAGCAUAUCUGGCAGGAUGUGGCUAAAUAUUUCGGGGUUGAGGUACCAGAGCCCAAGUUCGAAAAGGCCGCUGGCCAGGCAAAGACUUUGAGCAACGAGAUUGAUAUGGUCGAAUGGGCAAAGGACAAGCGUGCAGUGUGGGGGACUGUCGUUCAGAAGCACGGAGGCAAGGUCGAGGCAUUUGAUUGGGGCACUUGGGGUUUCUUUAACUGGGCGACGGGCAAGUCGUGGUUGACGAUUUCGUCCAUCAACAAAGCGAGGAAGUAUGGCUGGCAGCGACACGAUAACACGUUCGACACCUGGAUCGAAACGUACAGGUCGUUCGAGAAUGCUGGUGUCUUGCCGUCGCACACUUCGCUGGCUCGAGCGGAUUAG